CCAACUUAUUUAUGCGUAGGCGGCCUUCGGUCGCGCUUAGGGAUUAUAACCCUCACAACGUAGAAUUCUCCUUUCUGGCAAAAUAAAUAUCCUAAAACAUAAUCUAUGCAAUUGCUUUUGCAAUAUUAUAUACAAAAAAUUUAGUUAUGCUAGUGCUAGUUUCUGUUCUGUUAUUGCUGUCGGGAAAUAAAACAAUCGCACUGUGGCCACGGCCAGCCUUAAACAUUAUACUUCCUAAGCUUUCGCAAUAUUCUGAAUUGUGCUGAAUUAAAGAAUGGAGCUGAGUUAAUGAUGCAUUUAAUACAUGCAAACGGUAUGAGAGAUGCUAAACGGUGUUGAGAUGCUAAUUUGUGAUGAUAUAAAAAAGUAUACUUACAUAUUUCAUUUUCGUUUUAUCGGGUGCGAUUUGUAAAUGGAGAGAAGUGAUCCGCAUUUGCUAAGUCAACUAUUAUACCAAUGCAACUGUAGACAAAAGAAACUAAAACGUGCAAGAUUAAAAAAAAGAACUAACAGCUUUCAUAAUACUAACAAUCCUUAUAGCAAUAAGUUUUCAAAAGAUCAAAGAUCUUCAGAACCAUCUUCAGUAUGGCGAGCAAUAACUUUAACACCGCUGACGUCUACACAAGGCAGCGAUGUUUAAAAUAUUGGCGCUUCCUCGCACUUUUUGCAGUGCUUUAUAGCAACGCAUCAUUGCUAGUAGCAGCCUCCGCAGUGGACAAUAGCGUUGACAGCACGACUGAUGCUGUUGAGAGUGUUGGCUCAAUUUCUGCUGGUGGAAUUAAUGAUGUUAUUCAGAAGUCCACGGAAAUCUUACCACUCCCUCAUGUAUUGCGACAUCAGAAACAUCACUCACAUCAUCAGCCUUUGAAGCGAACACCGUUGCACCAACAACUAAGAGGCAAUUACAGCAACUCCAACGCAAGCAUCAUAAACAGCAGCGGUAGUAUCAGCAACAAGAACAUUUAUUUCCAAGCGCAAUUUCAACCGUUAAUGUCAGAUCACUUCCGUCAUCCAAAACACAGACAUUCAUGGGGACGUCACGUUCACCCAAUUCUUCGCCAUCAACAACAUAAUCUGCAGGAAACCAAAACGGCUACUGCAGCGGUGGCAACAUCUCCACCAGUAAUAGACGUAGCAACGAAGCCACCGGUCAAUGGCAAUAGUGGAACACAGCAGCAUAAAAAAGCACAAAGUCACUUUGAUCGCGGUGGCCUCUAUCAAUCGCCUUAUCAGUGGAAAACAAGAGGCCCGAAAAUACGAAUUGGCAGGCGCUUCCAGAUUAAAGCCCAACCGAAUAGCAAGAGAACUUCACUGAAAUUGAACGCCGGCUCAGAUAAUAAGACCAUCGCACAAGAAGAUGAAAUGAAUUACACAGAUUCUAAUAGCAAAGAUUAUAAAGUCAGUUUGAGUAUAGCACCUGAAGGAAGCAUGGAUAGUCACACUGAAUAUGAUGAUUCGUAUGGUGAUUCAGAGGAUGAUAGCAUAAGUGCAAAUGAAUUUCCCCAAGUCGGCGACAUGCACGUAGGCAAACAUCAACCCGCUGUCAAAAGCUAUACUGAAUUAUUUAACGAUUUACGUAUGCCGCCAAAGAAGCGCGACUAUCCCCACCCAUAUACUGCAGGUCGUCAGGUCGCACAUAUAGGUGGAGACGCCGAUGAAAGCAAAACAUACAAUUACUUUUCAUCUAACUCUGACGAGAAUAGCGAUGCAGACUUCUCUAAUGAAAAGUGGCAGCGGAUUGAACAAGAGCACCAUCGUAAACAGCAAGAACAUCAGCGACAGAUGUUGGCAUUGCGUGCGCAUCCUUACAGUCAUUACACAGAGGCAGCUGCAACAGCAGCAGUAUCUGCAGUGACAGAUGCAAUAAAACCACAUCGGAAUAGUGAUGAUGUAAGUGCAGUUUUUUUUAUAUUCAUAUUUUGAACUAUAUUAGGCACGGUGCACAUUAGAGCGAUACGAUAUGAAAGCGAGGUUGGGCUUGCGCGCAGUGCACAUUAGAGCGAUACGACAUGCGAUACCAUAUGCGGAGCGAUAGCUAAACAAACGUCUUUCAUUAAUUAUUACUAACUAGAAAAAACUUAAAACUAAAACAACUUACUAAAAACUGCUGAAUUAAUUUGAAAAGUAGAUAUGUUCAA